AUGGAAGAAAACUCAUCAUAUCAUCGACAAACCGGUCUUCGACCGAACGUCGGAAACAAUGUUCAAAUAGAAGGAAUUCCAGAGGAUGCAUCGGAUGACAACGAAGUUCAGUCCAACCGGGCAAACGAUCCUCCAGAAAUGUUACCAGUAAACCCUGCUCAAUCAAUUUUGCCACUAGGAGAAACUCCAAUAUCCUGGUACGUCAGGUCUCAAGGGGCAUUAAACGCAGUAUACACACAACCGUGUGCUCAGACUGCUCCCUUAACUCAGUCACGAAGACCAGGAUCUCGGGCAAAUGCUUCCCAACGAGAAAAUUCAACUUACGAGGUACAGAAGUUUACGCCAGAUCCACAUCACAACAUGAAUACACUCAGACAGGAAGCCAUCAGAGAGAAAGUCAUGCCAAACUAUAAUAAAAGCAGGCCUCGAGCGGUUUAUAACCCCGAGGCAGAACACAACUAUGAUCUGAUUUACCGCCCUGCGGAAGCAGCGGAAAAUUCAAAGUUCAUCAUGGAAAUAGCUUUGGCUCCACUUGAGAAAGCCAAAUUACCAUCCAAUGUGGGAAAAUUUAAUGGGCUGGCAGACCCCGAUGAUCACCUAAGAGUAUUUACCAGCGCAUGUCUGGUUGGGGGUUGGACCCUCCCACUAUGGUGUCAUCUGUUCGUUCAGACCCUGACCGGACCAGCACGAAUUUGGUUUGAUAACCUACCAAUCGGACAGAUUGAAUCCUGGAAGGAUCUACGUGAAAAGUUUUUGACACACUUCAGGCAGCAACGACGUUCCAUUCGCGAUACAUCUGACGUCAUGAACAUUUGGCGUCGCGAUGACGAGAGUCUGGAGGAUUUCAUCACCAGAUACAAUAAAGAAGUAUUGGAGAUUGGCGGAGUUCAUGAGCAAAUAAUCCGCGCACAAUUCAAAUAUGCGGUUAGAUGUGACGACAUGAUUAAGGUCUUAUCUGGAACAGAAGGCCUUCCAAAAAGCUGGGAGAAGAUAAUGGCGGCAGCCAAGGUUUACGCGCAAACGGAGAAGAACCUUACUACAAAUAGGCCACCGCCACCACAUAACAGGCCUACGGACUUAAGCUCAACCGGCGAAAGAAGGUCAAAGAAAUCAUGGCGUGAAUCCGGAACAGGAAGUCGUUCGUCUGAAGAUGCCCGUACAACAAUCAACAAACUCACCGAGCAGAGGGAAAACAAACAUGAAAAUAGGGAGAGGCAAUGGACUCCCCUAACAAAAACCCCGGCGGAGGUCUUAAGUACUGAAGACUAUCAAUUCAAACCUCCGAUCCCAAUGAAAAGCAAGCGUGGACAAGACCCGGCACAAUACUGCGAAUAUCACAAAGAUAACGGGCAUGCCACUAACAACUGCAUCUCUCUACGCACAGAAAUAGAGAAAGCCCUCAAGAGCGGCGAACUCACGCAUUUACUCCAGAAUGUGCGCAAAGAGAUUAAGCAGAUAACCCGGGGUGAAGAAGGCCCAAGCAAACGGGCGAAAACAUAA